CGUUGCAUUUUACUCGUUGGGCCAAAUUUUUUAGCUCGUCGUCGUUGUGGCUUCCAUUUUUUCAUUCUGGAAUUGCAAAAACUUGAAUGUUUCGGAUUUUUAGAAUAUUUCUACUUUCGCAUUGAAAUCUCCAUACCAGAUCCAGAGAAUAGCUAAUAUAAUAGAGUGAUAAAGCUUUUGUGUGCUAAAGUAAGCCACAAACGGUUGUUGAAAUUUGCGAUAAAAUUGACGACGUCAUCCCUUGAUUCGCCUAGUCAACUCGCCUACGAGUUUUAACCUCGUUUUCGCAAGCAGAUAUACUCCGUGCAAUACAUUUUUAUACGCGACGUAAUUUUUCGUGUAUUUUGUAGUUAAAAUCAUGGCCCAGUAAAAAUGUCUCGAUUUAAAAUUAAUCAAGUGCAUAAAACUCCAUUUGGAGAAAAAUUCACCCACAACAGUUCGCUGUCGAAGAAUUCUUUCAUUUUCAAUUCCCCCAGUUCCCUUCGCCCAGCUACGUGCUGUGCUUCUGCAGUUUUCUUUUUAAAUAACAAUGGACAACAAGAAACAACAACAAAGCAAUUUUACACGCUCGAAGGCGUGUCAGCCCACUGACUCUUCGGUUCGCAAGUCAUCUGCAGAUUUACAAGUAAAGCCUUGGCCAAAAAAUUCGCGUCCUCGUGAACAACCUUCAACAACAACUCGUAACGACUCGCAGCGCAAUUCCAAGCAGUUCCCUUCAGUCAAAGCACGUCCUAAUGUCGAUAAACGUCCACGCCAGCGUGGCGGUGGCGGCGGCAACAAUGUUGGUAACGGCAAUGAAGCUGGCACUAGCGAAGACAGCUUUACAUGCGCGGCUGAUGAUGUUUCUGCUACCAGCGCCGGAUUAGCCACUGCAGUAGAGCCGGUGGAGACCGGUGCUUUGGUCAAAAAGAAGUUUCAGCCACAUGUUGACUACGAGCUCAAUUCUGUGUACAUGCCAGGAAGCAAGAAGCAGAAUUUGAACCAUUUGCUCAACUUUCACUAUGCACCACGUAACGCCGAAAACGCUUUUAGUUAUAACGUUUUUGGUCGUAGUGGCGGUAGCGGCUCAACUGGGGCUACACAGCGCCAUGGAGGCAGUAGUGGUGCAAGCAAACGUCACCGUUACAAUAAAGAGCAGUUUUUACAAGCAAAUUUUCAAUUCGUUAUAAAAUCUGGUGUUAACCUAAAUACUUUUGCGUCUCCCGACAAUCUAAUCGAUUGGCAUCUUAUCGAGCAAAUUAAUAUUCAAACUGAAGAGGAGCCACAAUGUCCCAUUUGCCUAUAUCCUCCAAUUGCAGCUAAAUUAACACGUUGUGGCCAUGCCUAUUGCUGGCCAUGUAUUCUACACUAUUUGGCGUUAAGCGAUAAAACUUGGCGCAAAUGCCCCAUAUGCUAUGAAGCAAUUCAUACUGCUGAUUUAAAAAGUACAACCAUUGUACAACAACGCCAGUUUAAUAUUGGUGAUGAAAUAACUUUUCAUUUGAUGCGUCGCAAGAAAGGAAGCAUGAUGAUUGAAAAAUUUGAAGUAAACCCAAAUGAAGAUAAAAGUGAUAGCUAUCCACUUCUUUCUGCUUAUGAAGAGUCCAAAUUUUCAAAGUUUUUGUAUGCUAAACGCAAUGACAUUCUUAAAAUUGUCGAUCGUGAAGAACGUGAAUUGGUUGCUGGGCAGGACCCUUCAUGCCCCGAAUAUGUAUUCAUUCAACAAGCUUUGGAUUUACUAAAAGAACGACGUGAUAAAGUAGAAGAAAUGGAAGAGGAUAAAGAUGAAAAUAUUUUAGAGGAUGAAUUAAAAACCACUAAAUGUGUGAAUCCGAUUUUAGAUGAUGAUGGAAGUAAUACUUCAGAGUCGGCAGAUGCUGAGGGUGGUUUACAAAACGAACAUGAAAUUAACGUUUCAAGUGCUGGGAGCAGCAUCAGUAUUGAGGAUUCUUUGGACAAUACGAAUACUUUGGAUAUAUCAUCUUUCGGAGAUCAGAAAAUUAAUAUAAAAUAUUACUAUUUUUACCAGUCAAUAGAUGGACAAAAUAUUUACUUGCAUCCCUUGAACAUUAAAAUGAUGCAAGCUUGUUAUGGUACAUUAGAACAGGCACCGUUAGUAAUAACUGCACGUGUGCUGCAAAAGGAGUAUCAUUCUAUGGACGAAGAACAUCGCCGUAAGUUCACAUGCCUGGGACACUUACCAUUGACAUGCCAGUUUGGGGUAAUUGAAGUAGAUUUACAACCGCCGAUUGUGACCAAUGGAAUAUUGCGUUUGUUCAAAGACGAUAUACUUAUGCGCAAGAAAGAGCGUCAACGCCGUGAUCGCGACGAACGUCGUCGUGAAAAGCAGAUUAAUGAAAUAAACGAUCGCCAAAUGGGAAAACUGAUUGCUAGUACCACAAACUUAAACUUGUCCUCCGCACAAGAAUUUCCAACUUGGGGCUUUGAAGAGGCACUACCCAGCGUCAGUGCUGAUGGAGAUGUGCCUAGGAGCAAUCCGACAGCAAUACCAAAAACUAAACAUCAAGCAACAUAUUCAGCAGUAGCUGUAGUCGGCGAAUCGCCUGACAUUAAGGAAUAUUGGCCUACAUUAUCAUCACCAAGCCCAAAUAACAGCAACAUGUAUCAGGAGUUAUCAACUUGGGGAAAAAGCGCACCGACUCAAAAACCUGUUGCUAGUAACACUACAAAUCGCAACAUAUUGUCUGAUCGCUCCAGUGAAUGUGAAUCACUUGAUAGUUUCUCAGUAGAAAAUAAUGGAUUUACUACUCCCAUGCGCACUGAUUUGGGUGACGUUCUUGCCAUGGCUAUAUCACAAAAGAAACAAAGUGUUACAACUGCUAAUGCUGGACAUGCUGUAGGAGCUGGUGGUAAAAAGAAUAAGAAAGCUAAAAAAAUGGUACCACUGUUCUCGACAGGCAUAAAUUAUGCUGGCAAAUAAAUUCAUUCAAUGAAACGUAUAUAUUGACCCACAUAAGGGGAAAAAACAAAGAUCGAUUGGCUCGUAUUACUAUGAAUUAAUAAUCCCCUACAGACUAUGUGAAAAAAAUCCAAAUAUGUAUAUUUUAAUUUCAUGUUCCUUUUGGUUAUUUUGAUUAUUAUUCAAUACUAUAAAUAAUGUUUUGAACUAACUAAGAAGAUUUGUUUUGGCAAGGAUAAUGUAUGCUCUAUUUUUUAUUUUCUCUUUAUAAAUUCAGCAGGUGUAUCAAACUCAAAAUUCACAGCUUCAGCUACACCUAUGUAAGUAUUUCAAUUCAUGCGAGUGUGUACUGUUGCGUCCUGUACCCAUAAUGUUAACGACAAUUCAAAAUAAAAAAUGCAAUAAAAUAUCAAAUACGUUUGCAGAAAAGCAAA